AUGGGGGAACUCGCGGUCGCUGUCAUCGGGGCCGGGCCAGCAGGAUGCAUCCUGGCCAGGAUGCUCUUCCGCAAGGGUAUAAAUGUCAAAGUGUUUGAGGGCGAGGCAUCACCAGAUUUCCGCAGCCAGGGAGGAACGCUAGACCUCCACACAAAGACGGGCAUGGCCGCCAUGAAGGCAGCCGGCCUGUUCAGACACUUCCAACAGUUUGCCCGCUACGACGGCCAGUAUGCCGCCAUCGUCGACAAGGACCUCAAGUACCACAUGGUGCGUGGAGCUGAGGACAGGUGCCUGGGCGAGCGCCCCGAGAUCGAUCGCGCGAGACUCCGGGAGAUCUUGAUCGACUCGCUCCCGCCGGGCACGAUCCAGUGGGGCCACCGGCUCACGGCCAUCGAGGGCAAGACGCUCUUCUUCGGCAACACGAUAUACUCGGGAUUCGACAUCAUCGUCGGCGCGGACGGGGCCUGGAGCAAGGUCCGCCAGAUCAUCGACCCGGAUUUCCGGCCGCAGUACACGGGCGUUGCCAUGACGGAGCUCAACAUUCCGGACGCCGAUUUGACGGCGCCCGAGAUCCACAACAUUGUGAACCGCGGCAGCGUCUUCGCCAGCAACGAGGGCCAGCGCAUCUCGUUCCAGCAGAUGGGCGACGGGAGCAUAUGCAUCUAUGCCAGCCUCGUCCGCCCGGAUGCCGACUGGAUGAACCCGAAGAAGUGCGGUUACGACCCCAGGGACCUGGAGGCUACCAAGCAGGCAUUCGAGACCGAGUUCGAGGACUGGUGUCCGCAGCUGCGCGAGGCCCUGAGACUGGCGCAGGGCCGCUGCAUUCCCCGCUCCUUGCAUAUCCUCCCCAUCGGAUACAGGUGGAAGCGCAUGCCGGGAAUCACCCUGAUCGGGGAUGCCGCGCAUCUCAUGACGCCGCAUGCCGGCGAGGGCGUGAACCAGGCCCUCGAGGACGCCAUGCUCCUGGCCCGCACCAUCGCUAAAAUCGUCGAGCGCAGGAAAGACAUAGAUGGCGAACUUGUCGCCUUUGAAAAAGCAAUGCGGGCGCGCGUGCGACCUGUGCAGCGCCUCGCCUACGACCUCUGCCAGUGUUGGAUGUUUACUCCUGGCGUACCCAAGUCGGUGAUGCCCAAGGUGAUCAGUCGCCAUGCCCAGUCUCGGGUGCCAGCUGUCCUGCGCCCUCUCGUCUCUGCGGGAGUGCGCGUUUACUACUUUUUCAAGUACAUGCUGUGCGAGCGAGGGUCUGCGACGGAUGCUCGUUGA